AUGGGUUAUCAGGACCAAGUUUUUAAGAGUCUAAUUGAUUCUAUAAUCAGUACGAGCUUUAAAGUAGGAGACUCCGAACUAUACGUCAUAAACCAAGAAUUAAUGCCGACCGGUCCAAAGGUUUCCAUAGUUUCGGAAGUAAGACGAACUGGCGAUGGCUUGACAUACCAAUUCAACCAAUCAGAACAAACACAAAAAUCAUAUUAUUCUAAAUUUGAGGCCCACGAGGAUAUCCUAACGGAUAAUUCCAACACCAAAAUACCGGAUAUCAGUAGGCAACGCCCAUCGACCAUUGUGCCAUUGAGCGUAACUAUAGACGGGCAAACCUACUCCCAAUGCAGCGUGGAUCAAAAACUCCUGUUGGGAUGUUUGGAUUCCGAGUCUACUUGUUUGGUGAAAGAAACGUCACAAUCGCAGGGAUUUUCCAACAAUGGCGAAGCGGAAUGCGUUUGUCAAGAGGGAUUUAGUCAGCGACUAUGGAGUGCGCCUAAAAACGAGGCAGAUAUUUUAGGCGUCAGGGGUGCAAUUGGAGACAAGAAGAAGUGCUACAAAUAUCAAAGAGUUACCACUGGAUUCAGGCUCUCCCUCUCGGAUAUCUAUAAAUAUGAUUUGAGCGUUAAAUCAACGGAAUUCAUUAAUCCAAAUAACAUAUUCUCCAAAACAAUAUCGGAUCAGAUUACGAAGAUGUUUUUGAAGUCGCCAUUACGAAGAUAUUUUUUAAAGAUCAAAAUAGAGAGCGUUGUGCCAUACCAGAAUCCAUUGGCCUUGGUGGCCUCAGGUUCUGUCAUUUUCAGCUUCACUAUUAGAUGCAGUUUGUAUUUGGAUAUCGAGUUACAAGCUACCGAAGAAGAAAUUCAUAAUAGGUUUUCCCAAGAAUUCGCGCUGAAUAAGGAAAAUUACGAUGCUUUAGGAUGGAAAAUUCAAGUGUUUCCGUAUAGUCAAACAAAUGAGGAGAGAUACCUAAGUCCUCCAUCUCCUAAUACCAGGAAUCCUCAGAAACCCAACAUUGUUAUUAAGCCUGCACCUGUAGUAUUCGUAAGCCAAAAAAAUUCUCCCAAAGUUAGUUUAUCUGAUUACGAUGAAGACACUGUACUCACCCAGAAACAGGGUUUCAUAAAUGACACAGGAUUCUUAAAGGUGUCCUUCGGCAAGAGACCGAGCACUAAUGCCACCUGUAAACUCGGAACCUCGAUAGGAUGCGGUUUUAAUGAAGAAUGCAUACUCAACACAGGCCAAACUAUUUGCAGAUGCUUAUUCGGGUUCGCUAGAAAGGCCGAUUCUAUUGAAUGUAUUGCUCAAAAGACACUGGAUGUUCAGCUAAGGAUAGAUUCAAUACGGAACAUAUCAAUCGUAGAAAUUUAUAAUAAGAGUUUGUUAGAUAGGACAGAUUCCAAAUUCGUAACCUUUAUGAUGGAAGAGCUAAAUGCUUUCCUCUCCGACUCAGAGCACGCCAUUUACAUCAUAGAGGCUAGGUUCAAUAAUUUGGCCAAGAUAAAUUACGAAAAAGAUCUCAAGACCCAACACGUCCUAGUGAAUUUCACCCUUGUCAUCAAAAACUCUUUUGAAGGAAGUUUCCAGGAGAUGAUAUCGAGUCUGAUAUCGCGGAUGAGGCUGUUAAAAUUUAGGCUGGACAAUAGCAAUAACCGAGCAAAUAUUGCCCCAUUUAAAGAUAUGGAACAAGUGAUUAAAGAGGAUUCCUCCGUCAAUGUAGUGGCCAGUGAAACAUAUGAAAUAAAUUUGGAUUCCCACGGCUUAGCCUGUUCCUACGAAGAAUCAUUGACGUGCGCCGUGAAUAAGGAACUUUGCAAACUCAUUAAAGGAAAGCCGGUGUGCUUAUGUCGGCAUGGGUUUUCUAGGACUUACGAAGAUAUCACCUCUGGCCCUUGCAUACCUUCCUUCUAUUAUUUUAUCGUUAUUCGGGUAAUUCGUUACGGCGAAAAUGUAUUGCAUUAUGAGGAUCUGCGAAACACAGUCGAUAAGGACCAAAUAAUGUCUCAGUUACUAUCGGCCAGCAAAAAAGCGUUCGAUGCCAGCGUCAACAGUUCUGAUCUUAGUAAAUAUUUCCUGAACUCUCGCUUCAAUGGAAUAAUAAAUCCCGUGAUUAUUGAUUCUAGGUGGAAAAAUAUGGGUCUAGGGUUAAAUUUUACCUUGGUCCUAUCCCGCGUUUACAAGGGUUCAACUAGGGAUAUAGCGAAAUCGCUAUCAAGAGUAAUAAUAGAAAACGAUUACAAGCUUCCCUCGACUCAAUUUUAUGUUUCACCACCGAUAAAGCGAAUUAAAUCCCAACCGGAAAUAGAACACGGGAACGUAAAAAAAAUUGACCUCAAAAAUUUGAUGGAUCUCUAUUCUUCUAGCGAUAAGGAUAUGGUGGAAUAUUUGACUAAAAGUGGGAUCGACUAUGCUCUAUACGAGAUAAAGGUCAGCGACUUAUCCUUUGAAAAUCUUCAAAUUUUUACGGGACCAGAAAAUUUAGAGAAUUUUAAAAGAAAGCUGGAUGCCGCAUUUAAAAGGUCAAAUGUCUCGUCGCAUUACCUGGCUUUCACGAUCCCAGUAAAAAUAAAUGACACGGUUAGCAAUGUGAAUUCUUUGCAUUCUUUAGUUCAAGAGGAUAAAUAUUUUAAACUUUCCCUCUAUUUCAAACGGGGAGCUCCGGCGGAUGUCAUCGAAUCCAUAAACUCACUCUUAAAAGACGUGAUUUAUCAAAGUCUCCUAACCCAUUAUCAAACACAAACACUAACGUCAACACAAGCCACUUCUUCUUUCAUGAAAACCCAUCUAAGCUAUGGAUACUCCUACGCUUUGGAAUUAGAUGUCUCAUCACUAAAUGAACUUCAAAACUCGGAGAACGAUUUUCACAGUCAAAAUGAGAUUAAAAAGAAAUUUGCCAAAAGUUUAGAAUCUGCGAUAAAAGAGAUCUUUGUUAAAAGACCUUUAAUCAACGGCUUUUACAGUGGCGUAGAUGUCAAUUCGGUAUUGUUUCUCCGACCUACCCAACACCUAGCGUCCUCUUUCGUAGUCAAUUUCACGGUUUACAUAACUCAAGCCUUAAAUCAAAGCUCGGCGGAUGAAGUGAGCACGAACAUAUUGACAGAAAUUUUGAGAUCCAACUACACUUUGCCUUCGGAGGAUAGUGAUAAGGGGGGAAUACAGCUCAAAAUAAGGCCCGAGUCUUUGACCCACGACAAUAUAGGUACCAUUUCAUUCAUAGUGUUAAUCUCAGUGCUGAAAUACGAUAAUAAACCUAUACUAUACGGCGAAUAUUUUACCAACAAGAGUACUUUGGGAUACCAAAAUUUUGAAGAAAAUUUCAUUAAAGGGAUCAAAGGAGUUUUGAAGGAUAACGAUAUGGGAAAAUAUCUGGCUAGCAUAGGAAUAAAUUCUAUAUCUCCUACCAUAAAAGAGGGUUCAAUCAAUUUAGGCGUCAUAGUCAAUUUUACCCUAAAUUUUAUACCUAUUUUCAAGGUAUCAGACUUGGAAACCAAAUUCAUGCUUUCCAAAUUAAUCGCCAAAAGAAAUUACCAAUUGGCUAACACCAAACUGUACAUAAAUCCCGUGCCAAUACCUAACUUGGCUCAAAAAAUGUGCUUAAUAAAGUCCAGUAGGGGUACAUGCAACGCUAAUCUUACACGCUGGUACUUCGAUUACACGACUAAGCGCUGCAAAGAUUUCAAUUAUAGUGGCUGCAACGGAAAUCUAAAUAGCUUUCUGAGCAUAACGCAAUGUCAAUCUACCUGCAUGUUUUACAUUCCGCCGUGUGAACUAGCCCCUGAUCCCGGCCUAUGUUCGGAGAAACAAAUAAGAUUCUACUACGAUUCCAGUAUCUCUGGGUGUCGAAAUUUCGUCUACACGGGUUGUGGUGGAAAUUUAAACAACUUUAAGGAUUGGAAGGAAUGCCGAGAUCAAUGUGCUACAUCGAAAUUGGAAAGACCAAUUUUCGAUAGGAAUACUAAAGAUGUUAAAUCAACGACACAAGCGAUACCCAUAGCUUCCAUAUAUAUAAUCCAAAACAAAGUCACCCCCAAAGUUUUUCCCAACCUCAGAACAGCCGCCAGCUCGGAUAUAUCAUUAUUCAAAAAGAACACUAAACCAACAAGCAGAGCGGUAACUGUCACCUACGUGCUAGGAAAUUAUGAGAAGGAUGUCGAGAAGGACAAGGUUAACAAUGUGGGGAGUUACGAUGAAUACUACAUAAUCGAUAAAAAUAGGGAGAACAAAGUAAAACAUAUCAUCAACAAAAACAGAGAAACUACUAUUGUCGAAAAAAAUGUGGAAAGGCAUUUCGAUAAACUCGACGCGAAAUCUUUAAGCGGUAAUGAGAAUGACGACACGCGUACUUUUUAUAGAGAAUAUCGAUUCAAUUUUAGCAAACCUCGGGUAAGCAGUUUGACUCCACCAAUUAAACCAGUUAUAUCGUCAAAGUACGAGGAAAAGGAUGAUUGGAUAUCCAAUCACGGGGAUAUAUUCAAUAGAUCUUCGUCCUGGUUGGAACUGAACCGAGUUAAGGACGAUAGACAUGCCAGCAUCUACUACCGAGAUUCGAAUCAGCAGACUAACAAGACCAGAGUCAUUAUAACGCCCUUAAAAAGUUUCAAGGUCUCUAUAACAAUUCCUCCUACAGUCAGGAAAGAAUAUAAAGCUCAAAAUAACCACGACGAAGAUUCUAAUUCAGAUUUAUUCUUAUCCAUAUCCAGCGAGCAACACGAUGACAAAAAUGACCUGAAUAAUUACGAAUUCACCGGGUUUCAGCAAGAUUUUAAAGCGGAAACUGUGCCCAUUAUAUCGGCUACCCAUUCCAGCGAAGACCGAGAAAACGCGCUGCUGACUAAAUUAGUUGUUAUCAAAGCUGAACCCGUGAAAAAAGAGUCCAGGUUUAACCACAAUGCAGAUCAAAAUUUCGGUAAAAUAAUUUCCAAGCAGAAAACAUCCAAAAAGAAAGGGCAAGCCUUCUUGGAAACUUAUCAGGAUAAGAAAGAUUCCUUGAUUCAUUACUCGAAGCCUGUGGGAGAGCACGUGGUGAGCCUAGAAUUUAAAUCUUCUUUUAUAACCGAUAGGAGAAAAAAUAACCACGAAAAUAAUGAGACGAAUAGGGGUGCCCAAUGUUCGAAUUUGUUUUUAACUAACGCUACUUGCGAUGAAAUCUCUAGAUGUUACCCUAGCAGUAUAUUCGUGGAGUAUUGCAAGUGCCACACCAAAGGUUUGAAAAGAAAGGCUUCCGGAUAUGAAUGCGUAGCUGUUUCGCCAUUCAUAUUAUACAACGCUCCCAAGAAUAAUCUUAACAGUACUUAUAACAGUUCCAUAAAAGAAAAUCGGAGGAUUAAAUCGAAGACUCAAACAAAACUGAAGAAUAUUAUCGAAAAAAAUUCGAUCUUAACUCACACUCAGUCUGUCAAAUUUAAUACGCGUUCGAGUUCCCAGGGUAUAUACGGUCAUCAUGGGAAUAAUAACGGAACAACUCCAUUUCGCGUUCCUUACAACAGAAUUAUACGGAUAACAUCUUCCCCGGUAGAAUACUUAGUGGGCCAAGAAAAUAUUAAGGAACUUGAGUCGCGUGAUAACGAGAGAAAUGAGGAUGCUCUCCGAUCACAGGGCAUGUAUUACAAUAAGGUUGAGUCUAAGAAAGAUUUUGCCAUAAAAAUCCAGCAACCACGAUCCAAUUAUCGCCCUUCAACUUCCUACGAUGUUAACGAUCAAGGCCUCAACAGGCAAAAAACUGCGAUAAUUAGCACAACAGGAAGUUCAACAACUCCGGCGGAAACACCGCGCAAAGUAAAAUUGUCUCAGGAGAAGGACUCCCCACUUUUUAGAAUCCUGAAUAAGUAUAACGAGAAAAAGUAUUCGAUGAUCAAAUCUUACGGAACUUAUACUACCCCGGGUAAAUCAUCCCCUUCAAUCGAUUUAGAAUGCCCCAAACAUUUCAUCAUUCAUCAAAAUGUUCGCCGAAACAAUUUGGUGCCACUCAGAUACACCUCCGUUUUAGGCGAUAAGCGAUCUAUAACUUAUCAAAACCUUGUUAAAUUAUCUGAAAAAGGGCUGAGCACUGCGUUCUUAAGCUCCAAAUUUUCCAAUCAUUUUUUGAGAGCCAGAGUGGAAGAAUUUUCGAAAUCUCGGCACGAUGAAUCCAUAGUCAUAAAAGCUGUGAUUUGCGUUGAUAAUAAUUUUGAAGAUAGCCGUAAGAACAUAUUAGCUGCCCUCCAAGAAUCCAUCACCAAAUAUUACAAUAACAGUCUAGGGCAAACUUCCUUGUUCAUCGACGAUGUACAGAAUCCAGUUGUUCCUAUAGCUUACAUUUACAAUCAACCCUUGACCAAUGAAAAUGGUGCCACCAUGAUUUGGAAGAGAGAUUCUAGUUCCAACUUCACAGCCAAAUAUAUAAAAUCAGUUCAGGCCAAGCUCAACUCUAGUUUUGCCGAAUCAUCGAUCAUCAAACCCUAUUUCAUAACAGCGAAAGUGGAUAUAUAUCAGCAACCACCUGGAGAAGUUGAUGAUAAGAAUUAUGACCAACAAUCUAAAUUUCGACAGAAUCAAAAUUUGAUUUCCGACGUGUACGGAAAUCAAAUUAUUCCGAAUCUCAAAGAUGGGCAGGUCUAUUUGAAUGUAACUUUGUAUUUGUGGUCCAACUAUACGGGCGAGCGCAAGGAAAUAGUGGAUAAAUUGAGGUUAGCGUUAAACUUGAUCGAUCGGGACCUGAUGAAUAUCAAGGUUAAACAAGAGAAGGCAGAAAAUAAUUCGCACGCUAGAACCCCUGACUAUGAAAAUUAUGUUACUAAGAAACUAAUCGAACAUACAAUCAACUUCGCGAUUACCACGAGGAGUACAAUCGGUGAAAGGAAUAAUUCCAGUCAUGCCGAUGAAUCGUUCCGCAAGAUUUUCGCUCCCAUAUCUCACUUAAAUUAUCGGUUGUCAUUUCUAGAGCAGGAGAAGACUUCUAAAGCCAUUUUGACACAAAAUUUGCUUUUCGAGGUCUUACUGGACGCUAAAGAUUUAAAUAUAACGGAUCGAAAGGCGUAUUUGCCCAAGAUUAAAGAACACGAAUAUGAUUUAAAGGCUAAUUUCGAAGAUGCGUUAAAAUCGUCUAUAGAAACACUGGGCCUGACCGAUUACCAUCUCGGCACAACGAUAAACGUCGUGUUAGAUCCAGAUCAACUUUCCUACCUCAGAGUUUCCGAAUCGACGUCAGCUUUGGCCGCCCCUAAUAAACUGCCACUUUUAUUCGAAGUUACCCUGAAAUGGGAUAAUUCCGUAGCCUUAAAUAAUCACAAUAACGGUAAAUUCGGAGGCUCCUUCAGCGAAAGCGACGAAGAUGCCACGGAAAAGGUAAUAUGCCAUAUCAGGAAUCAGUUCAAUCAUUUAUUCAGCUCCAAUGGUUACAAGAUGGGAGGGAGUAACGGCUACGUUUUCCAAUUGUCGCCUAGACCAUUAGGAUCUUUGGCUUAUAACCUUCAUCUCGAAGUUUCGAUAGACUCCCGGACUUUCAAGCCCAUCUUUUUUAACGAUGGAAUUUUACAACCGCAAACAACAGAAUUCAACAAAAUUAAACAGCUCUUAGAAGAUGGGUUGUAUCAGCUAUACUACCCCUCAUCUAUCAAUCCCAAAUAUUCGAUCGACGAAAAGGAUUAUUGCUUUAUAAAAGACACGGAGGUCAGUGGAGCCAUAAUAUAUUCUCAUUACCUGGGAAGUCAAUUGAACCAAGUCAAAAUCCGUAAGAAAAUUGAUUCCGACAGCGACGAUUUUACCCUGAUUUUAAAUAUGACAUUUUACGUUAACGCCACCUUUGGGCUCGACCUAGAGACGAUCAUCAAGGAUUUGCAGGAGAGAGCUAUCACAAAUAAUAGAUUUUUGGGGUAUGGUGAUAUAAAGCUUGUCACUUUUUCUUCCGAUAAACUAGCCUGGGACGUUACCGAGAGAUAUACUGAUUCAGUUACUCCAGGAUAUCGUCCGCGAAAUGAACAAUCCCAAGCAGAAAAAUCAUCCCCGGAGCAACAAAAUUCUUUGGUUCUUCCAGUCGUUUCUAUUUCCGGUAGACCGAUUCAGUAUAGCCUAUUGUAUUCGAACCCUAAUUCUAAUGAAUUCAAAAGUCUGGAUCAAGAAUUUAGGCGAUAUAUCGACGAAAUAUUCCUGACAUCCCCAUUGCGAGGCAUCUAUCAAGGCGUACACAUCAACAAUCUCAAACCCUUGUCCGUCAUUUACGAAAAUUCGGGCCUCGAAAAUGGUUUGCUGAUAAACUACACCGUAGUCCUUUACCGCGAGCCUACCAGGCCUGGUAAAUUCGAUCAAUCAUCCUCGGUAACGGUUCGAAACCUCACGUCCAUCAUAGAAAAUCGCUUCCAUCAAGGCAACGACAAUCGAGAUAAUCUUAAAAUAACCGAAAAUUCUGACGACCUUUUUGUGUCCAAGCCCCUACCGAACCGUCAAAUUAGCACCGAGUGCAUAAGUUCGGGAAAAUUAUGCCGAGUUCCGCAGAAGGAAUUGAAGCUAAGACGCUACGAACUCGAAAAUUUUCUCGACGCGAAAAAUUCGGCCGCUCAAAGCGAUAUUCAAUCUACUUUCGCAUCAGUGCUAAAUUAUUCCCCAUUGAAAAUGGAAUUAACCAUCUUCAGACUCGGAAACUCCCAAACGCCAUUAAUAUGGGACAAAGAAUAUGAAAACACCCAGAGCGCUUCAUACAAAAUGUUGAUCGGCGAAACCAAAAAACUUUUGGAUUCUAUAUUACGAAAGGCUCCUGAACUAACCGGCGUUUACAGCAACCUAGAUAUAGAAAAGAUAACGCCCUACCAAGAUACUGAUUCGGGAAAAACUUACGUCACUUUUCAUUUGACAGUUUACAAUGUGAUAGGGGAUAAUCAAGACGGUAUUUCGACAUAUUAUUACAAUUUCACAAACAACAGACCUGCCAUAACUAAUACCUGGCAAUCCCGGCCUAAUUAUGUAGCGGCUGGGAACGAGGACGAAUUGGAGAAAACGGAAACUUCCUUAAAGACUCUCUACCAAAUCCUGUAUCGUAACUUGGUUUCCAAUGGUGCAUCGAAUGAUGAUUUUCGAGCAGCGUUAACCUCCAGAACCCCUAUGUAUUAUAGGAACAUUCAAAAUCUCGACAGUUAUAUAUUCCCUUACCCUUAUACAGCGACCCCAGCAACUAUAAAUGCUGAAGGAACAGUUUACAAUCUUUACCAGGAGGAUAAUAAUCCCGAGGGUGGUGGCAAUGUUUCUUUUUCAAUAGAAAACAAACUCAAAAUUGAGGUUGAUGAUCCUACUCUGGAUUACCUCAAAAAGGUGGUACCUAAAGACGGGCGCUCAAGGUAUUUAACCCCUUUUAAUUCUCUGAAUAGCUCUAGGACAAAGUCCCUUUUCCAUUAUUUCGUAACCAAUGAUCCCUAUUCCGGCACCAGGAACAUAUUCGCUUCCAAACUCCCUUCCGACAAUUCCCUUAUUAACGCAGGUAACACUAUUUCUGAAGAACAACCUUUUUUAUCGAGACCCAUUCAAAGAUCCAACCCGACCCUGAUAGAGAGAGAAGAAAGGGAUCAUAGCCGAAGGCAAGAAUACUUGGUAUUGCUAAACAUAUUGAGACGCAAUGAGGACGCCCUCAUAUAUUAUCCAGAUUUUGUGGAACAAGAUUCUUCUUUGUAUGUCUACGUCGAGGAAUAUUCAAAGAUAGGGUUAGAAAACGUUAUCAAGGCAUCCGAAUUAGCUCAAUAUUUCUUGUCCUCAAAAGUGAAUUCCAUAUUGGAUCCAGAAAUAAUUGGGCUCCCUACUCCGGUCAAAGGAAUAGUAGUCAAUUUCACCCUAACCUUUAAUAACGAGUACAAAGGAACGCAAGAAAAUAUCUUUGACAUUUUGUCUCAAAAAAUUAUCGAUUUUAACUACAACAUAAUUGGAACGAACUUGUAUGUUAAUCCAGCACCCAGCAAGGUUGAAUACGAGCUAGAGUUUAAUUUCGAGGAGAUUGGUCAGGAUCACAGUAUUCGAGAGUUCAAUAGGCUAAGUCAUGAAGAAUUUACGAAACUGCUCAAGAAGGGAGUCAAAGAUGUCCUCUCCCGCACACCUUUAUCGUCGUACUUUGUCGAUGGCGAUAUUAAACAAAUCAAGUACAAUAAGCAAGGCAACGUCACCUUCGCUUUAGAUAUUUACCUCAAACCAGAUUAUCCAGGUUCAAAAGGAGAUUUGUAUUCAACGAUUUACAGUGGUUUCGAAAGUAUUCCUAUCAAACUUGGCGAGAACAUAUCGCUGAAGUUAUUAAGAUUCAGGAAGCCUAUAGAGAUGAACAUUGGUGUCGUGAAUAAGGACGGGCAAAUUUUGAAGUUUAUGGCCGUUUACAAGGAUAAAAACUCGACUGAAUAUCAGGAUUUUAAAGAUCGUUUUUUGAAAGGGAUUAAGAAUGUUCUGAGUUACACCAAGAUGGCCCAUAUGAUUAAAGAUGUCGAAAUGAUAAGAUUAGCCCCCAUGAUAAAUCACAAUCCUCCUGCCACUAUAGGACGGUACCAUUUGGACUCACAAUUGUCUAAUAACGAAGAAGAACAAGAUGUCAAAGAAUUUAUCGAUGAAAAGAGGGAUACGGUGGGCAUCAUGGUAGGAUUUAAGACAUCGAUUAAAGGUUCGGAGAAAUGUGAUAAGGAUUGCCAGCGUUCCCUGAAACGGGAAAUAAUUGAAGUCAUAGAAAAUAACCACAAUGAGAUAGGCCGUUCUGGCCUUUACAUACAGCCCAGUGUCGACAUUCAAUCCACUAUUGGAGUCGAUGAACACGCUUUAGAUGUUACUCCUACCCCCAACUCAUUAACUUCCAUAUCUGUUUCGCGACCAGAAGAUAGAACUUCGACGCCAACAUUUGAUUCUAAGACAAGAAAUGUGCAACGAACUAGAACCGAAGCCAGCCUAAUUUGUCGCGAAAGGGAAACGCUAACCGGUUGUGGCACAAAUCAAUAUUGCGAAAUAAAUACAUCAUCGCGUUACGCGGUUUGCAAAUGUUUUCCCGGUUAUAUUAAACUAGAUGGGAAUUGUAUAGACAAGAGGCAUAAAAACAUCUCUAGUUAUUCCAAGCAUAACUAUUACAGAGACUAUUUGACUACACCGUUAAUAACAACUGUAAAACCCUCAGCUUCUUUCCCAUCUUUAUCUUCUAAAUCGAUAUCCUUGAUAACUGCUAAAUACGAUACCGAUGUAGUUACUAAGCCCGUUUCUUCCUUGUGCCAAGAAAGGAACGAUACUUACAAUGGAUGUGGCAUAAACGCGCGUUGUGUGUACUCUGUGCUCAUCAAUGAAUACUACUGCGAAUGUGUUCAAAAAAGCAUCAAAAAUGAUUUAAAUGAUUGUAUAAGUAUGGAAUCGAGGAUCACUUCCUCUAACAUAUAUCUUAGCUUUAGGCCUAGAGCAACUUCUACACGUUAUAGUACGACAUCUAAGCUACACGAUCAAGACUUAAUAAACAAUAGGGGACAUUUUAAGACAAAUGGAAUAAUUACUAACCAUACUCUAGCUAGUACUUUGCAAAGAAAUUCCUACCAACAAGCAUUUCAAAAAGAGUUUCAAACUAAUUCGUAUGUCUUCGCUGAUUAUCAAGAUCCAGCGGCUCUGACCACCACAUCGAAUUUGAUUUCCGAUAGACAUCGUGAAAAUUUGAACCUUGUCACGUCCAAUCAUAAUUUUGGCACCCAAUCUCUAUAUAGAAUACCUUUCAAUCUCACGACAGUUCAUAUACGACCUCGCCUUACUUAUAAAGCUCGCGUUUCAUACUCUCUCCCUAAUUUUGCCAAUACUCCUUUAAAUAUCAUGGAGACCCUUACUAACUCGGCUAUAAAUGACCAGGAAGAUAAUAAUUUAAUAUCAACUAGUAAUCGGUAUUACAACAAUCCGACGAAUUCCAUUGAUUCUACGGAUGUCAACUUUUAUUCGACGACCAAUGAUGACAACAUCAGGGAAAACGUUAAAAAUAGUGAUGAAACUAAGUCGGCCCAAAGGUCGAGUCCUACCAUCUUUUCCAGCUCUUCAUUCAAGGAUAAUAAUGUUCGGGUUAAUACACCACGCAGUAAUAAUUACGUCGAUAAUUCCUACGUAUUCGAGGGCAAUAGCACUACUCCAGAUACGCCUCCGCUAGUAGAUCCCAUCUUUGAAAAUAAUAAAAUCCAAAUCUUUGAUAAAUUGGUGAAGACUAUAACAUACAGAUUGACCCAUCUGGCCAACGUCACCUUUAAAGAAGCUAAAAAUCAUAGGGACAGGAAUUCUAAUGAUUUAAAUAAUAUAAGUAGAUGCAUAGAUGAUUUGAGUAGCGCUUCGGGGUGUCCCAAAGGUAAAAUGUGCGUCAAAAGACAUGAAGCCAAAGUUGAAUGCGUUUGCGUGGAUGGAUACAUUUUCGAUCCUUCUAACCCUGCUUCCUGCAUAGGUUUAGACCUCAAUAAUUUUGAUAACUAA